UAUACAAGAUGUCUAUUCUCAUUGGCACUACAUAUAGGAGGGACAGGAUAGAAGUGUCUUGGCCAGCAAAUCGAAGAUGACAAUUCAAAGCUAUUUUUUGCUUAGCCUCCUCCUUGUUCUUGGCCUAAUUACUGGCAAUGCUGUGGCUGAGGACUCCAACUACGCCACCGUUUCACUUAAUCGCAGCAGUUUUCCGGCAGGUUUUCUUUUCGGGACAGCAUCAGCAUCUUACCAGUAUGAAGGUGCAGCAAAAGAAGCGGGUAGAGGACCAAGUAUUUGGGACACUUACUCUCAUAGAUAUCCAGGUAAAAUAACUGAUGGAAGCAAUGGAGAUGUGGCAGUUGACCAAUAUCAUCGGUACAAGGAAGAUGUUGGGAUUAUGAAAGAGAUGGGCUUAGAUGCUUACAGAUUUUCUAUUUCAUGGUCUAGAAUUUUACCAAAGGGGAAGCUAAGUGGAGGCGUGAAUACUGAAGGGAUCAAAUACUACAACAACCUCAUCAACGAGCUUUUAUCCAAAGGCAUUCAACCCUUUGUUACCAUCUUCCACUGGGAUCUUCCACAAGCCCUGGAAGAUGAAUAUGGCGGUUUUCUUAGCUCCAAGAUUGUGAAUGAUUUUGAAGAGUAUGCGGAUAUAUGCUUCAAAUAUUUUGGAGAUAGAGUGAAGCAUUGGAUCACAUUGAACGAACCAUGGACUUUUUCCGACGGUGGAUAUGCAUUGGGAUCCUUAGCACCAUUUAGAUGUUCAGAUUGGCAGAAAUUGAAUUGUCUGGGUGGGGAUUCAGCAACUGAGCCGUAUAUUGUGGCACAUAACCUGCUUCUUGCUCAUGCUGCCGCUGUCAAACUGUACAAGACAAAGUACCAGGCAACUCAGAAGGGCGUGAUUGGAAUUACAUUAGUGUCACACUGGUUUGUGCCUUUUUCAGGAGCCAAGCAUCACCAAAAUGCUGCAAAACGAGCCCUCGAUUUCAUGUUUGGUUGGUUUAUGGACCCAGUAACAUAUGGUGACUAUCCACACACACUAAGGUCUCUUGUCGGGAACCGAUUACCCAAAUUUACAGAAAAGCAAUCCGAAAUGCUAAAGGGGUCGAUCGAUUUUCUUGGGUUGAACUAUUAUACUGCUAAUUAUGCAGCCUAUGUUCCUUUUUCUAAUGCUAUUAAUGCUAGCUAUAGCGGGUCGAUCCUGAGCAGUCGUGGGGAUUUCCAAUCUGUCCUAAGAGAUGGUGUGAAUGUGAAGGGAUAUUUUGCAUGGUCAUUACUGGAUAAUUUCGAAUGGAAUUCAGGUUAUACUGUGCGAUUUGGCAUCAACUACGUAGAUUAUAAAAAUGGGUUGAAAAGAUAUCCCAAACUUUCUGCUCGCUGGUUCAAGAAGUUCCUCAGGAAAUAGACUAUCUAUCUUCUAUCAUCGUCAAUUCACCUCAUUAUGUCAUUACCUACAAUGUUUUAUGUAUUGUCUUUCACUAAUAAAGUAUAAUUAUGCCAAUCAGGUUCAAA